AUGGAGCCGGAGAGGCCGCCGCCGGCACUCGUCAGCGAUGUCCUCGAGGAGAUCUUCCUGCGCGUCGCCUCCCCCGCGGACCUCGCCCGCGCCUCCGCCGCGUGCGUCUCCUUCCGCGGCCUCAUCAGCAGCCCGUCUUUCCUCCGCCGAUACCGCUCCGUCCACCCGCCGCUACUUCUCGGCUUCGUCAACCGAGAUGGCUUCCACCCUGUCGAGGCGACCCAUCCCUCUGCGGCUGUCGCCCGUGGCGUCGCCCGGACCGUCGACUUGUCCUUCCUUCAUGGUCCGCAAGGUUGGUGUGCGUAUGAUGUCCGCGAUGGGCGUGUCCUCGUCGGACACAAGUGCCACUUCUGGCGCCUCCGCGAAUGCUGGGACAUCGCGGUGUGCGACCCCCUGUUCUAG